AUGCCAAUUAGUGAUGUUCGCCUUCAAGAAAAGGACCUCCGCCCUAUGGUCUCCAAGCUCCAAUUCCGGGUAGAACCGUGGCAAUGGCGGUGGCUCUCCAAGGCAGCACGGGUGUUUCUGAUGAACUCAUACCUUAUUAGCUUGCUCAUGUAUAUUAUGGGAUUCUAUAGUCUACAUGAAUCCCUCCAUCAGGAGAUAGCCAAGUACCUCUCCCGGUUCUUCUGGGCGGGAGAAGGCAAUAAGCAGAAAUACCACAUGGUCAAGUGGUCCAAGAUCUGCAAGCCCAAGGAUCAGGGUGGCCUUGGUGUUAUCUCUUCGAAGCGUAUGAAUAUCGCUCUUCUCGCCAAGUGGUUGUGGCACAUCGAGACUGGUGCCGACGGUCUCUCUUGCUUUUCCAGCUCCUUCAACUUCGUCAAGUACUAUUGUACAUCCAGUUUCAACUGGUUACGCUUUUACCGAGAUUGGUCCUAUGAGGUGGUUGAUGUCACAACUUAUCAGGAGAAUGCCACUGCAUUGGAUGUUGUCCUUGCUGCUAUCUCAAGAUGGAACUUGAAUAAAAGAAUAGAGAAGGUACAAAGUACCAUCAGUGAAGUGACGAAGUCACCGCUCUUGGGCACAGCAAGCAAGAGUGCACCAGACGAUAUUGCUAACAAAAAUAGGAGUAGAAUUAGAACUGCUAGCAAGCGGAAGGUAUUUGGUCGAGAGGGGCUGCGUGAUCAUAUCAUGGUAAGGCUUCGUGAGAUACCAGAGCAUGAUGCAGCAAGCUCAAGUGCUGAUCCAUGUUACUCAGUGAUUGGUAUAUAUGGUGUGGCUGGGUCUGGGAAGACCACGUUUGCAGGAUAUAUUCAAGAUUACAUAAAGGAGGAAUGCAAUGAUGAGAAACUUUUCGACACCAUCAUGUGCAUUCAUGUGACUGAAACUUUCAGUGUGGAUGAUAUAUUUCAUGAAAUGCUGAAGUAUAUUACCGGAGAUAGUCACUCCAAUAUUUCAGAUCGUGGGGCUCUAGAUAAAAAGUUGAAGGAAGCAUUGUGUGGCAAACGUUUCUUCUUGAUAUUGGAUGAUCUCUGGGUGAAAAAUAAGAAUGACCAACACCUAGAGGAGCUAAUCUCUCCACUCAAUGUUGGGCUGAAAGGAAGCAAAAUCCUGGUGACGGUUCGAACAAAAGAAGCUGCUGGAGCUCUGUGUGCCGAUAAAUUUAUUGAAAUGCCUGAUUUGGAUGAGGAUCAGUACUUGGCGAUGUUUAUGCAUUAUGCGCUAAGUGGUACAAGAGUUGCCCUUCAAGAAUUUGAACAAGUUGCGAGAGAGAUUGCCAAAAAACUACACCGAUCACCUAUUGCAGCAGUAACAGUUGCAGGACGGCUUGGGGCAAACCCAAAUAUCAGUUUUUGGAAAAAUGUUGCAAAGCUUGACAUGUUGAAUUACACCAUGGAUGCUCUUUGGUGGAGCUAUAAGCAGCUUGAUCCGGAUAUUAGGCGAUGCUUUGAAUUCUGCAGUAUUUUCCCCAGAAAAUUCAAACUGGAAAAAGGCCAAUUAGUCCGCCUGUGGACAACACAAGGAUUUGUAAAGACCAGUUGUGCAACGGAGGAGAUGGAAGAUGUUGCCGAGGGCUACAUUCAAGAGUUAGUGUCAUGCUCAUUUCUGCAAGAAAAAGGAACUGGUUCUGGCGUUGAUCAUUUUACAAUUCAUGAUCUGUUGCAUGAUUUAUUAGUCAAGGUUGCUGGAAAUGAUUGCUUCAGAAUCGAGAAUAGAUGGAGUAAACAAGGAGAAUGCCAAGAAGAUGUCCCUCGAGAUGUCCGUCAUCUUUUUAUUCAGAAGUAUGAUGGGGAAUUGAUUACCAAGAAGAUCCUUGGAUUGGAAAAUUUACGCACUCUCAUUAUUUGUGUUGUCCAAAAGAAUAGACCAGUUGAGGAAAAGGUCAUUGAGAGUAUAUGCAUGAGGCUGCUGAAGUUGCGGGUACUGGCCAUUGCUUUCAACAAAAAAUGCCGUUCAACCAGCAAUCCCAGUGAUAAGUUCUUGCUCCCAGAAUCCAUUACUCAGUUAAAGCACCUCCGCUAUCUAGCUUUCCGGAAAAGUAACAACUGCAAGGUUAUUUUACCAAGUGCACUAGCUAAACUUCUCCAUGUCCAGCUGCUAGAUUUUGGUCUUGGCAAAAUUUCGGAUUUUACCUGUGCUGCUGACCUUAUCAACUUGCGGCACAUAUUCUGCUGGGACGUGAGCUUUCCUAACAUAGGCACGCUGAGCUCACUUCAAAGAAUACCCUUCUUCAGGCUAAGGAAUGAACAGGGUUAUGAGAUAAAGCAACUUAGGGACCUGAACAAGAUUCGUGGCACCCUGGUGGUCAAUGGCUUUGAAAAUGUUAAAAGCAAGGAGGAAGCUCUUGAAGCCAAUCUAGCUGCCAAGGAAAGGCUCACGAAACUGAUACUAUGUUUUUUGACUUCCCAUACACGGGGCAAUGGCAAUGCGGAAGUUGCAGCAGAGGUGCUUGAGGUCCUGUGCCCUCCCGUGGGGCUAGAAGUACUGCUCAUCUAUGACUACAACGGCUCAAGGUACCCAGAUUGGAUGGUGGGUAAGCUGACCGGUGGCCCAAAGAACCUGAAACUACUUGAAAUCUAUGGCUGCAGCCGACUGGGACCUGGCCCUCAACUUGAGGCUUUCCCUCAUCUUCGUAUGCUCAACCUUGAGGACUGCAGCUGGGACGCCUUACCAGGCAACUUGGAGCACCUCACUUCGCUCAAGGCACUGAAGAUUGAGCACUGCAUGAAUAUCCGGUCGCUUCCAACACUGCCCCAGUCUCUGAAGCUGUUCAUACUUCGGUGCUGCGAUGUUGAGCUCAUGAAGAGUUGUGAAACAGAAGGAGAUCCAAACUGGCACAAGAUAAAGCACAUUCCCGAUAAAAUGGUUUCAGGCCGACCCCACAGCAUCUACCACAUCAGUAGAAUGUUCCGAGUGUCGGCCCUAGUCCCGACGCUGAGUACUUCCGGUGACGGCGACACGACCGACGAACGAAGAUGA